GUGUUGACCAGUGACAGCCAUCGAUUUUCCCCUCACUUUGCGCCGGGGGCCGCAACGUGGCAUCGAUCGCUUUUCCAGCGUUGACGGAAGACAUGCGAGCUGCGGGCCACACGUCACGCUCCGUGCCAGAGAGGAAGGAAGGUCCCACGCUGACAUCGGCUCUCAACCGCGGAACCGUGAAUGCCACGAGCGGGAAGAGGCCACAUCCCCGAAUCGUUGAUGGGAAGAGGACCCGUCUCGCUGUCCAUGUCCGACUUGAACCCCAUCAUCAAGUGCGGGGGAGCGGCCGGCAGGGGGGGCCCCCCCCCUGAACGCCGAUCCCUCCCGGCGGCUCCCGGGAUGGAGCUUCUCGGCCCCUCCAAGGUGAAGGAUCGCGCUCCCAACGUCACAGAGAAGGUCACCCAGGUUCUUUCUCUGGAGUCCGACGUGCUGCCGGAACAUAAACUCCAAGUGCCGGAGACGACUGGGUGGAUCUUGCUCCACUACAGCCCCUUCAAGGCCUUCUGGGACUGGAUCAUCCUCCUGCUGGUCCUCUACACGGCGGUGUUGACGCCGUACUCGGCCACCUUCCUGCUGGACCAGCACGGCGACGCGCUCGACGUGGCCGACCUGCUGGUGGACGUGCUGUUCAUCGUGGACAUCGUCAUCAAUCUGCGCACCACCUACGUGGACCGCGACGACGAGGUGGUGACGCAACCCGGACGGAUCGCCAAGCACUACGUCCGAGGGUGGUUCCUGAUCGAUCUGUUUGCGGCCGUGCCCUUUGACCUUCUCAUUUUUCGGUCCGGUUCGGACGAGAUGGUGACCUUGACGAGUCUGCUGAAAACGGCUCGCUUGCUCCGGUUGGUCCGCGUGGCCAGGAAGCUGGACCGCUACUCCGAGUACGGAGCCGCCGUUCUCUUCCUGCUCAUGUGCACCUUUGUGCUCAUCGCCCACUGGCUGGCCUGCAUCUGGUACGCCAUCGGCUUCGUGGAGCGGCCCUACACCGACACGGGUUGGCUGGACAAUCUGGCCCAGCAACUCGGCAGGACGUACGACGACGACGACGACGACGACAACAACUCCGGCCCGUCCGUCAAAGACAAAUACGUGACGGCUCUCUACUUCACCUUGAGCAGUCUGACCAGCGUCGGCUUUGGCAACGUCUCCCCCAACACCAACUCGGAGAAGAUCUUCUCCAUCUGCGUCAUGGUCAUUGGCUCUCUCAUGUACGCCAGCAUCUUCGGGAACGUGUCGGCCAUCAUCCAGCGGCUGUACUCCGGCACCGCCCGCUACCACACGCAGAUGCUCCGCGUCAAAGAGUUCAUCCGCUUCCAUCAAAUCCCCGUCGGCCUGCGCCAGCGACUGGAAGAAUACUUCCAGCACGCCUGGUCCUACACAAACGGCAUCGACAUGAACGCUGUGCUGAAGGGCUUCCCGGAGUCCUUGCAGGCGGACAUCUGUUUGCACUUGAACCGAUCCCUGCUGCAGACGUGCAAGGCUUUCCGCGGAGGCAGCCAGGCCUGCCUGCGGGCCUUGACGGCGAGGUUCAAGACGGUCCACGCGCCGCCGGGCGACGCCCUCAUCCGCUGCGGCGACGUCCUGGACUCGCUUUUCUUCAUUUCGCGGGGUUCCGUCCGGGUCAUCAGGGAUGACGUGGUGGUCGCCAUACUAGAGAAGGACGACAUCUUCGGUGAGCCGAUCCACCUUUACGACCAGCCCGGCAGGUCCACUUCGGACGUGCUGACAAUCACCUACUGUGACCUGCACCGCAUUCCGAGAGACGACCUGCUGGAGGUUCUCGAUAUGUACCCCGGCUUUGCAGACAACUUUUGGAGGAACCUGGACGUGACCUUUGACCUCAGAGAUGCGGAUCCAGCGGCGGCGCCGAUAUCAAGUGACGAGUCGGGGGACGACGGCCAUUUCCGACACAAAAUCCACUCUCUGGACUGCAGAAUCAGACCGGACGGAAUGGACGACGAGGAUUCUUAUCCUCUCGGGUCCCGCCGGCAUCGCUGGGAAGACGGAUGGAGCUGCGGUUCCUCCCCAUCUUCCCGGUCCGGCGAGGACUUGACAAAGAAUCUCGCUCGGGGCACCGAAGAAGGCAGGCCGCCACCCUCGAGUGGCACUUUGGUGGGGAGGGAAGCGGCGUUGGAGGGCAGUCGUCAAGUUUCGUCUUUCAACGUUCCACAAAUGUUGCACUACUGGACAGAUCGCCGAUCUCAAGGCUUCCCCGGUCCGGCCUGGCGAUCGUCUUCGGUGCGCAACUGCCACCGUCCGCCGCCUUUCAUCGAAGAGCGGCCCGGCGAGCUGGAGUCUCGACUGGAGCUUUUGCAUUCGCAGCUAAACAGAUUGGAGACCCGCAUGACGGCCGACAUCAACGUCAUCCUCCGGCUUCUCCAGCGGCAGAUGGCCCCGGUCCCUCCGGCUUACAGCGCCGUGUCUUCUCGGACGCUUCCGACCGCCUCGACGGGCCCGUACGGCGGCGGCACAUCGGCGCUGCGUGCGAUGUACCCCGUCGCCCGCUUGCAGAGAGACGACCCGUCACCCCGUCCGAGUUCCACCCACUCCGAAGAGAAGUCGGCGGCUGGCGGCGCCCCCAAAACGGAAAUUCAUGGCGGUUCAACGGCGCGACGGCCACAAGGCGCAAACCCCGGGGUGCGCACCUCCUCUCUCCGUUACCCGUCGCUGCCGGACAACCUGAACUUGACCUCGGGACUGCCUGAGACCCACAAACACCUCUCAGACCCAGCGCUGAGAUCUGAAUUACAGGGGGAAACAAACGGUCUGAUUUGCCAAAGUCACUUGGAAAAAAAAACUUGAUCAAUCAGUUUGAAUUUUAAAAACAAAAACGACAAUCUACUGCAGCUCCACAUACAAACACUAGAUGGCAGCAUUAAUCA